GACCAGACUCUGAGGAACCAGAGGAAGAAAUGUCCAAACCAACAAGACCAUACCACUGCUCCCAGUGUGCAAAGAGUUUUACCCAGUUAGGGAACCUGAAAAGACAUGAGAGGACACACACAGGUGAUAAACCUUACCACUGCUCCCAGUGUGGAAAGAGUUUUACCGAGAUAGGGUCCCUGAAAAAGCACAAGAGAAUACAUCCCGGAGAAAAGCCAUACCACUGCUCCCAGUGUGGAAAGAGUUUUAACCAGUCAAGGGACCUGAAAGAUCAUAAGAGAAUACAUACAGGAGAAAAGCGCCACCACUGUUCCCAGUGUGGAAAGAGUUUUACUCAGUUAGGGAGUCUGAAAAGUCAUAAGCGAAUACACUCUGGAGAGAAGCCUUAUCACUGCUCCAAAUGUGGAAUUGCUUUUUCAGAGUUAAACACCUUGAAAAUGCAUGAGAGAAUACACACAGGUGAGAAGCCUUACCACUGUUCCUACUGUGGAAAGUGUUUUAGAGGAUCGCAACAGCUGAAAAGACACGAGAGAAUACACACAGGAGAAAAGCCUUACCACUGUUCCCAGUGUGGAAUGAGUUUUAGGCAGUUAAGGGACCUCAAAGAUCACAUGCAAAUGCACUCUGGAGAGAAGUCUAACACAUGUUCUCAUUGUGGAAAGAGUUUUCUGAGGUUAAGAACUCUGAAAUUCCAUGAGCAUAUACACACAUACAAAAAGGAAAAGUACCAAUGUUCCUCGUGUGGAAAGUUGUUUACCCAGUUAGAAGCCCUGAUUAUGCAUGACAGGAAACACACAGGAGGGGAUAAGACCUACCACUGCUCCCAGUGUGGAAAAAGAUUUAAUUGGUUAAGGCAGCUGAAUAAGCAUGAAAGAAUACAUACACAGGAGGAGAAGACAUACCACUGCUCUCAGUGUGGAAAGACAUUUUCCCAGUUAGAGGACCUGAAAUCACAUGAGAGAAUAGAGAGGCUGUGUUCUGACUUGUGUUUCUGACUGAUCAUUUGUGUUCUUGUUUCAUGCCACGUGAAAUCAAAUUGUAUGA